AUCGCAACCAUCCAAACAAUAACAACUCCCACUCAAAAGACGCCCAAUAAAAAAAGAAAACCACCAAAAUGGCCGACAAACUCCGCACGAUGCAAAACCUCGAGGCCAUGCAGGCCCGCUACGUCGGCACCGGCCACGCCGACACCACCAAGUACGACUGGACCUCCAACAUCGUGCGCGACAGCUACGCGUCGUACAUCGGGCAUCCGCCGAUGCUGUCGUAUAUGGCUGUGGGGUUGGGCGAGUCGAAGGAGAAGGUACGCGGGCAGAUGAUUGAGAAGAUGGUUAGGGGGGCUGGGAAUCCGCCUGAGACGCAGGAAUAAUUAGGUCGAGUGUUGUGUUUUGUUUAAGUCGAAUUCGCGCGUACCCCUUAGUGUCCUACUUAUUUGCGACACCGCGGUCGUCGAGACAAGCCGAUAACCUCACAUUGCGAAUCGGAUCCUGCCAUAUACCUCGAAAUAGUCCCACCGCGAGAGCCUACGUGGACGGAAGUAUAUUUAUUCGUGGCUCGUUAUCUGUCUGGAUAUCGUUCAGCUGUCCUGGGUGCUUUUUUCGCGCCUGGGGUUGUAUGGUUCAAGUCAAGAAGGGAAGGGAUACUGCAUAAGAAUAUACCCAUGGCGAAAUUGAUGUCCGUGUGCGCUUUUCUGCAGAUGAAUCUGUCUGUUACUAUACCAGUGAAUAUCUAUCGAUCAUAAUAUAAUAAUGAUUCACUUAUGAGAAGAGAAAUAGAUGAAUCCCAACUUCCAACUCCC